ACUCAUACAUUAUUAUCUGCGGCCAACGGAGACGAGUAUCAAAGACUCUAAGUAGUCAUCAGCUCGCUCCCAAGAUGGCGGCGGUUCAAACCGAAGGACUGUUGGAGUAUAUUCUGGUCCAGCACAGAUGGAUCAUCUGUCUGCUGGCCUUGCUGCCUAUGUCAGGCAUUUGGAAGUUCUGGUCCAUUGUCAGGAAUUAUGUGGUCUUCAAGAUAAGGAGCGCGCCGAAGAUGCACCACAGGAAAGUCAAGGAUGUUCAGAAUCAGGUUAAGCAAUGGUUGGCGAGCGACCACGGCACCCACAUGUGCACCGCCCGCCCUUCCUGGGAAACCAUGUCAUUCCGGCACGGCUUGUACAAGAAAACUUACACCAACAUCAACGUCAACCUCGUCGAUAUCCUAGAGGUUGACGCUAAGAAAAUGACCGUCCGCUGCGAGCCCUUAGUGACGAUGGGCCAGCUAUCACGUACCCUUCAGCCCCUAGGCUUAGCCCUAGCCGUGGUCCCAGAACUAGACCAGCUGACAGUCGGAGGUAUGGUCAUGGGUACAGGAGUGGAGACUUCCUCUCACAUCUUCGGGUUGUUCCAGCAUAUUUGUCUACAGUAUGAGCUGGUUCUUCCUGAUGGAUCCGUUGUGACUUGCAGUAAGGAAGAUAAACCGGAUCUAUUCUACGCUGUCCCGUGGUCUCACGGUACACUGGGAUUCCUAACGUCAGUUGUGCUUCAAGUGGUACCAGCAAAAAAAUACGUAAGAGUACAAUACGAAUCGUAUACAAACACUACGGAACUGGCAGCCCGCUUCAGCCAGGAAUGUAACGCUCCCAACCCUCACCAGUUCGUGGAAGGCAUCAUGUUCACUAAAGACACUGGUGUGGUGAUGACUGGCGACAUGGUGGAUGAAAUAGGCCCUGACGGUAUUUACAAUCCAAUAGGCAGGUGGUACUCGGAGUGGUUCUUCAAGCAAGUUGAGAGGCACCUUCAGAAUCACAUCCUAGGCUUCAAGCGACCUGUGGUGGAAUACAUUCCUCUACGGGACUAUUACCACAGACACACCAAGAGCUUGUUCUGGGAAAUACAGGAUAUUGUUCCUUUCGGCAACAACAUCAUCUUCCGUUUCCUGCUCGGUUGGUUGAUGCCACCUGAAGUGUCCCUGUUGAAACUGACCCAAUUCGAAGCUAUCACCAAGCUGUACGAGAAGGCCCACGUGUUCCAGGACAUGCUGCUCCCGAUCGAUCACAUGGAGACAGCGAUAAACAAGUUUCAUGAAAUAUUUGAGGUGUACCCGAUAUGGCUAUGUCCAUUCAGACUGCGCAACGAGCCGGGUCUGCUGCGAGUUAAAAACGGGGCCCGAUCUCAGAUGUACGUCGACGUCUCGUUGUAUGGCGUGCCUAAAGCCAAGGGUUAUGAGACUGUACCAUCCCACCGCCGCGCCGAAGAGUUCGUAGCUGGCCACAACGGGUUCCAGAUGCUCCACGCAGACAUCUUCACCACUCGAGAGGAGUUCCGCCGCAUGUUCGACCACACCCUUUAUGACAAGGUGCGAGAGACGCUGCCCUACUGCAAGGAAGCCUUCCCCGAUGUAUACGGGAAAGUCAACAGGAGUGUUAGGAAGUGAUAAUGACACGUGAUGGAAAUUGUUGAUUAUGAUAACUAAAUAAAUAAAUUUAUUUAAAUCCUUUAAAAAUGCAUAGUUUCAAAUUCUUCCUUUUUUUUCAACUGUGCAUCGACCAGAGUAAUCUAAUCUAAAUAAGUAAUAAGAGGUGUUCAUUAUAUUAGAUAGCUGAUUAGAUAUUUGUAAUAUUAUUUGGCAAAGUUUCUGAAACUGAGUGCCUUCUUUUUAUAUGCAAUGCGAAUUACCAGAUACCCUGUAUACUACCUUGACCAAUUGAAACAUAUCGAGUUUCGGCAGCAAUUUACUUAGAAAUAAAAU